GAGGUGAGGCAGGGAGGGGGACACCUUAGCGCCUUUACCGCCCCCAUCGGCAGCUUCACCUUGGGGUGGCCCACAUAUGCCAUAUGCUGGCACUUAUGUUCCCCCGGCUACAGGCUACGCGCCAAUGCCAUUCAAUUACACCAAUGAAUCAUAUGCAUUUAAUAGAGACAGCAGCACCAACAGUGGUUCUGGUAGUAGUGGUGGAACCCAGAAAAAAGUUGAACGAAAAUCGGCAUCUCCAGCCCAAAGUGGAAGUGAUAGUGAGGCCAGUCAGCGCAGUGCUCGCCGCCUGGGUAGUGGAGGUGGUGGUUCUGGCAGUGGCAGUAUUGGUGGUGGCGGAGGUGGUGGUGGCGGUGGGACAGGUGGAACAGGUGGGGGAUCCAGUGGAUCUGAGAGAUCAACAGCAACUACGUUAUCCCAACCACCACAGCAACCACUUCCGCCUCAUUCCACUCAUCAGCACCCUACAGGUGUGCCUUCGACUUACCCUCUGCAUCCCUCCCACCCAUCACAUCCACCACAUCUGUCACACCCUCCUGGCCUGCCUCCCCUUCUCCCUCCCCAUCCUUCCCACCCUGCCCACCCUCACCCAACAAGUGCCCUCACCUCCCACAGCCACCCAAAUGACCCCCCUCCAGCAUACUCCUCCCUCAUGCUUCCCCCGGGAAACUCGCACCCCGCUCCACCUUCACGCCCUGUGGAGCAGAUGAACCCUGACCUGGCAGCUAGUACCAACAGUUUCAACCUGGCCAUGGACAACCCCUGCAACUUUUUUGUUGAUUCUGUCUGAAGCUUUAAUUGUUUGAGGAAGACAUCCAAGGGUACCAGUUUAGCGACCGCAGCUAGUCACCUGGACCGCAUGGGCGCAGUCGUGUGGAAAGUUAGAGGAGGACCCUAGCCAGAGCUUAACUCUCAGUGGAAACAAACCGCUUAAUGUUAUCAUUGUUAAUAAUGUUGCAAUUUUUAAAUGGUUCCUGUUGCUUCUAAGAUGACCGAUCCUCCCCUCCCCACCCCCUUUUCUAUUGUUAUUAUUCAUUUUUCUGUUAUUUGUGUGUUGGUCAACAAGAAUGUGCUUUUGUGCUAUUUGACCGAAAUGUGUGGAGUUUACUUGAGGUGGUCAUUUUCUUAGUGUAAAAGGUCAGAUUUUAAAACUGAAAACUGAAAAACAGACUUUGUGCAUCCUGCAACAACAUCCAUUCCCUUGAUUUCCCUCUGAUUCUGUAAAAGUGGUAUAGAGAUUGAUAUAGAAGAGGAAGCUGGUCAUUUAGAUGCUCAAUAGUAUAGGAAAUUUCCAAUAAAUCAAUUUGAUAACAUUAACCAGGUGUUACUACUGUUCUGAUGAGGAUAUUGGCUUGGCAUGAGUGUGGUGGAGCUCUAAGAGACAAACCCUUUUCAUAUGUUUGUUACAGUAGUCCAUCACCAUGGUCAUGAAAGACAAAUUACUAGGGGUGGGAAUGUGAAGAACAAUAUUAGUUAUCUCAUAGAUGAACUCGAGGCCAAAACUACUGAUGGCAACAUGGCUCUAGAGUGUCUUGCUCAUCAGUAAAAAGAGACAAAUACAACUCUGAGGAAAAUGAAAAUUGUUGCUCUCGACUGAUGGUCGUGGAUGAUUGUGGAAAAAAGAGUGAACUUGCAACUGCAUAGCUACUUCUGGGUCAUAAUUAAGAACAAGAUGGCUGUACUGUGUCCUAGAAGAUCCAGGUUUAAAAGUGCAAAUCAGUGAAAAGGGAUUUUCCAUUAUAAUAAAGUGACUUCCAGGCUUUGCAUUUCUACAGGUUCAUAUGCAAUAAUUUCACACAGAAUUUAUGUAGUGAGUCUCAAGACAUUUUAGUAGACUCUGCAACCUGUUUAUGCAAUAUUUGUAUUAACAAUAUGUUUACUACUGUGUACAGAUAGUAUGAGAGACUAUGUGGUCAGCCAGCUUGAGCCUUUUGUGUGAUGUUCAUACGGGGAUCUUCAUAUUCAUAUCUUGCUAAGUGUUUGGGUCUCACCCUCUCAUGGUAGUGUUCAGUCUCAAAUGGCACAGCUGGAUGGGUUUGGUGUAUAUUUUAUCAAAUCAAACCAACCAAUGGCAGGUAUGAUUAAAUUUCCUUCAUCUUGUCUUGGCUGUCAAAAGAAUCUAGAAAUAGUAUGGGUAUGCAAGAGAGAGAACAAGCCUAGACAUUUUAGACUGAGGGUGACAUUGGUUUAUAAGUUGUGCACAGAAGGGGCCAUGACUGUGUGUUGUAUUUUGGUAAUGUUUGGUCUCAUUAUGCAGCUGUCAGACUUUUAGGGAAGAUUUGUGUAUUUUUUAAACUAAGUUUCAAGGGCAGUUAAAAAAAGGAGUUGUAUGGUAAUCAAAUUUGUUUAUAACUUUUAUUUAAUGGUAAAGACUUGCCUGUAACUGUGAAGAGAGCAGGUAGAUCUGAUAAGGUUUUAUUAGUUGUAAACCUUAUUAAAUUUGAAGUUGAGGGCUAAUAUCUGAUGCAAGUUUUUCCUUUUCCUCCCUCUUUUUUAAUUUGCUAUUGAAUAUAUGUACAGACCAUAUUCUGUCUUGUUUGUUUACUCAUUACAUCUUUUAGAAAAGUCAUAGAAUUCGUGAAUACUAAAAGGUGCAGCAUUCUAGAUUUUAUCAUAACUGAAUUUUUUUUUAUUGAUACUAGCAUUGUAUUGGAUCUAUUUUGUUUCCUUUAUGCAGAAAGUUAUAAAUUGGAAAAAAAAAAUCAGCAUUUUGAUACCCUGAGUUGCAACUUUUAUUAGCCCUUUAAUUCACUGACUGAUACUCUUCACUUAUUAUUAGUGGUUAAUGAGUUCCUAAUUUUUUAUACAGAAUCUUGGCAGAGAUGCUCACCCUGUAAUAUACGGACAUAGCACAAACUUAUCCAGAAGGGCUGAAUGUUGCAGUAUCAUUUAUAUUACUUACUGUGUCAUGCUUCUUAGGAUAUUUAAAUAAUACUUUUUAUAGCAGCUUCAUUAAUGAAAGUACUUGGGAAUUACAAAAAGGCAUCUGUUAUAUAUAACAUUAUCACAUUGUUUUUCUUUGUUAUUAUUAUUGAUUUAUCUUUUCUUCUUUCAUUAAUCUUCAGGGGCUGGAAGUCACCAUAUCGUACUGUACAUAUAUACUCUAGUUUUACAGAGUACCAUUGUGUCUUCGCCUACAGCCUGUGAUGCAAUUGUUCAAACAAUAUGUUUCAUCUCUGCAGUAGUAUGAGUGUUUUGUCUCUGCCAUUUUAUUGUGAUUUUUGUCCUGUUCCUUUUAAAUUUUGUAAUCUGUAUUUAUGUAUAUAGACAAAUCAGUAUGAAAAGAUAUUCUCCCAUACAUUGGAAUGGCUUCUGCAUAUCCGUUACCAUAAUGUAUGCUUCGACAGGUGUCAUGAAUUGACUCAGAUAUUUGUAUGCAGACAUGAGUGAUGAAAAGUCCUUGAAACAGGUCGUCAUGAAUGAAAAUAUUACCUUUGCUGCCACUGCUUCCAAUGGUUUGCCUGGAAUAUACAGUGAAGGUCAUUUUGAUUGUUCAAGUGGUACCAGUAAAUUGUUUCUUCACAUACAUACAUAUAUUCAUUCAUUCAUGCAUUCACUGAUUCAUUCACUCACUCACACUUUUACAU